UCCGCCAUACUUCUCUUUCUUCAACCUAAGUCAACUUCCUCUCUUUUCCGCCGUACUUCCGCCGUACUUCUCAUUCUCUCGACCGUUAUCACCUUCCUCUCUUUUUCGCCAUGUUUCUCUCUUCCUUUCCUACCCGACACUAUCUCGACCCAGUUGCAUCACACAAUUGGUUAUCCCAAUAUCUUCGAUCUGGGACCCAGGAAAGAUCUCAUGCUCCUUCCUUGAUAAUCAUCACCCAUUUAGUUGACUGUUCUUUUUCGCCGGCUAUCUUUCCCUACUUCACCACACUCUCUUGACAUUAUUUUGAGAACUCCUUCCGUAACAACAUCAUCAUGGUUCAGUUCACGCCAUCCGGUCGUAUGAUUUGGAACGACGAGGCACAUGUCGCCUUGUUGGUCGCAUACUACCAGGUCGCUCCUCCUAACGAUGAUGAGUGGCAGCAGAUCCGCGACUCGCUUAAGCCGAAAGGCUUCGAGUGCUCGGUCGUUGCAUUCAAGCAGCACAUCAUGAAGCUUCGCAAGAAGGAGAACAUCUCCAUCCCCAGCUUCACUCACGGCACCAGCGAUUCUGGCACCAGCACUUCCACCACCAAGCGCACCCGCGCUCCUACUGGCUCUCGCUCCAGCUCUGGCAGCAAGCGCAAGGCCGACGCAGGUCCCCAACCUAGCUUCAACGGUAACGGCAUGGACAUUCGCUCAGGCUUGGCCGAGUUUCCCCAGUGGAACCGCGACAGCGUCGCUCGUGAUUACGAUCGCGACGUCUCUGGGGAGUACAUCGCCAAGCGAGUCAAGGCCGAGACCAAGGGUGGCGACGAUGACGACGAUGAGGUCGAGGUCCUGCCCGAGUUCUAUUCUGGCCGCAUGGGCACUCCCGUCAGCCGCGCUCCUCGCGCUCCCAAUUUCGACGCGACCGGAUACAACCACGAGUCUCCUGCUCGCGAUCUGAACAGCAGCCGCUACUACCCUACCACCUCCACCGGCUACACCGCCAGCGUCUCCCAGUACCCGUUCGGCUACCGCAACAACCCGACCAACACCGGCGUUGUCGACACCUGGCGCACCUCCGUCAACAACCCAAGCCGCGGCCUCCGCGAGCCCUCUGAGGACUGGUCCACCCCGGCCCGCGAGUCCAACUUCGCCGCCGACUUCCGCCGUCGCCCUGCCGUCCCGACCUUCAACGACAACACUUACGGCGCCGGCGCCCGCAAGACCCCGCCUCUCGGGGGCUUGAACCGACCUGCUGCUGGCGGCGCCGAGGCUCACGCCGCUGCUCCCAAGGCUAGCGAAUCCGGUGCGCCCGAGGCUGGCGACUCCGACGCCCAUCACGAGAGCGAGGGCUGGGCCUGA